CCGCCACCGCCUACAUGAGCAGCUGCUAAGAGCUGCCCCCGACCCCGCCGCGACCGACUCACCAAUCCGACACGAAAUGGAGGCCCUCUUAUCCCUUGCUUUCGACAACAUUGCGUCCAAGGAUACGCAAAAGAUUCGCAAGGGGCUGCGGCAGAUUGAGGGCAUGCUGGCGCAGAUCUGCCUCUCGAGCGGAAAGUCGAAGCCCUGCACACCAGCGCACCGCCGGAAUGCUUCAGCAAUCAGCCUGGGGGAGCAGCAGCAGCAGCAGCAGCAGCAACAGCAGGCGACGCCCAAGAAGCUGGGGCAGCUGUCGGACGAUCUCGCCUUCCGAGAGUUCUUCCGCUUGCAAGAGGGGUUUGAAUGGAAUGUUGUGACGCGCGUGGCCGACUGCCUAGAUCGAUUGCUGGGCAUGGGCAGCAGCAAAGACGGGCAGAACGACAUCCUCAUCCUCUCGUCGCUAUCCAACAUGCAAGGCCUGCUCCUCCUGCACCCGCCGUCGCGCAUCAUCUUCGGCCGCGAGGUGUACAUGAACCUGCUCCUCGACCUCCUCGACCCGUACAACUGCCCGGCGAUCCAGUCGCAAGCGCUGCUGGUGCUGGUGUCGGCGCUCCUGGCGACACCGCAAAACACACGGAUAUUCGAGCACAUGGAUGGCCUGCUCACGGUCACCAGCCUGUUCAAGGACGAGGAGACGACGCAAGGGGUCAAGGUCAAGCUCCUCGAGUUUUUGUACUUUUACCUGAUGCCCGAAGUGCCCGUGUCGGGCGCGCAGCGGAAUCGGACCAAGGUCGCGGCGGCCAUGGACCGGCGGAACAGCGCCGACGAAGGGGCGGAGGGCAUCAGGAGGCACACACGGUCGCAAGCGGAGAAGCAGCACAUGUUGGGCAAAUACCUCAACAACGUGGACGCGCUCGUCCAGGACCUCCAGGAGAGCGCGCCGUUUACCAAUGUUGGGUGCUAGGGAGGAAGCAAGGCGGGUCGCAUACAGCGGGUGUGGCGAGGCGGGUUCUUUUUGGUUUUCACUGUGCAUGCUUGUUUUGGGUUGGCCAUAAAUUGGGUCUUUUGAGCGAGGCGUCAAGGAAUGUUCACAGUGGCUUGCAGUCUUGCUUGUCGCAUCCAUGGGGCGCUGCUCGUUUCCUUUGUUGCAUGCAUUGUUUGGGUUGGCUGCGAAAGACUGAUGGCUUCACUGCACAUGGCAGCGGGUCCCUGGGCGGGUAGACGAAGGACGGGGUUGACUGUGAUGAUGGAUCGACGCGCACUGUCGACGGGGUGGGCGUGCGGGGACGGCGGGGCGUUCGCUGCCUGGCCUUUGCCAUAAUCCAAUAAUAC